AGGAAGAAUCAGCAGCUGCGAUGUCGGACGUAGCAGAUUCGCCAUAAUCCUGGCCCGCUGGCCCGUUCGCCGCCAUUGAAUAAUACUAAUUAAUAUUUAUAUACGGAAGCGUCUGCUUCGUGCUUUUGUUGUGUUGAAGGGGCUUCUUUCCCCUCAGGGUCUCGAAAGAGAGGCGGGCGUUGGCCUUUUUUCAGAGGGGGACGAAAGUGCUUCUCUUUUUAGUGACACUUUUAUUAAAAAAAAUAGAUUUUUUAUUUUUAUUUUUUGGCUUCCCCCUCAAACCUCAUAGAUUAUUUUACGGCUAUGGAACCACCGUCUGCAGGGAACAGAUCCAUCUUCAUGUGUAAGCUCUGUAACUUAUUUUCUCCAAACCAAUCGGAGCUGGUGUCUCACUUCUCUGAGAAGCAUUCCGAAGAAGGGAUUAAGGUGGAUGACAUCAUUAUUCCGCUCAGACCUCUUACGACGCCUGCAAAUCUAAAUAAAAAUGGAGAAGAACUUCUUGUCGUGAAGAGAAAAAGAGGCAGGCCUAAGGGAUCGACCAAGAAAUUUUACACUGAUGAAGAACUGGUGGAAAGCAGUAACUGCCCUCCAAGUGAAGAUGCUAACCUGGUACACGAGGAAGGCGAAGAGCUGGCAGAAGUCCAGCCAGGUAGCUUGGAGUGCCGGAAGUGCAACCGGAAGUUCUCAAAUUCUCGACAACUGCGAAAGCAUAUCUGCAUUAUUGUGAAACUUGAAGACCUAGAAGAAGGUGAUCCAGGUAAUGAUUCUGACGUUGACCUUGACAGGAGGGAAGACGAGCGAGAAAAAGCGCCAAAGAGGCAGCGUCUCCAGAGGACGGAGAAGAGUUUUUCUGCGAAAGAAGCAGACCAGGUCGCCGGAGCUAAGAACCCUAUUAUAAGCGUCUUUUUGACAGCCCAUGAAGCUAUUCCAGGAGCUACAAAAAUAAUUCCAGUGGAGGCUGAGUCUCCAGAAACCGAGCAAGCAGCCAAUCCAGAGACAACCACUUCGGAUGCCUCCCGGCGAAGAGGGUAUCAGGAAUAUGCAAUUCAACAGAUUCCUUAUGAGCAGCCAAUGAAAUCAAGCCGGUUAGGCGCGACUCAGUUGAAGAUUUUCACCUGCGAAUAUUGCAAUAAGGUGUUCAAAUUCAAGCACUCCCUUCAGGCCCACCUACGGAUCCACACCAACGAGAAGCCGUACAAGUGCUCCUUCUGCAGCUACGCCAGCGCCAUCAAGGCCAACCUGAACGUUCACCUGCGCAAGCACACGGGGGAGAAGUUUGCGUGUGACUGCUGCCCGUUCACGUGCCUGAGCAAAGGCCACCUCAAGGUCCACGUGGAGCGUGUCCACAAGAAGAUCAAGCAGCACUGCCGCUUCUGCAAGAAGAAGUACUCCGACGUCAAGAACCUGAUCAGGCAUAUCAAGGAAGCCCAUGACUUGCUCGACAAGAAAGUGAAGGACGUCUUUGACGAGCUGUGCUUGAUGACUCGAGAAGGCAAGAGGCAGCUCUUGUACGACUGUCAUACCUGCGAGCGCAGGUUCAAAAACGAACUGGACCGUGACAGGCACAUGCUUGUCCACGGGGACGAGAGGCCCUUUGCUUGCGAGCUGUGCGGCCACGGAGCCACGAAGUACCAAGCCCUGGAGCUUCACGUCCGAAAGCAUCCUUUUGUGUACGUCUGUAGCGAAUGCUCCAAGAAAUUUGUCAGCUCCAUCCGGCUCCGGGCGCACAUCAAAGAAGAGCACGGGGACUUGGCAGAGACGUCUGUCUUCGACAGUUCAAUCAACCAGAGCUUUUGCCUCCUGGAACCAGGAGGGGACAUCCAGCAAGAAGCCCUCGGAGAGGAGACAUCACCAAUGGCCACAGAACUCUCGCUCCUAAAUUCCAAAGAGCUUUGCGUAGCAAAGACACCGGGAGGCCCAGAGGAACUGAAUGCCAUGGAGGGAAGUCAAUCCGAUAACCCUGGUGGCAAGCCAGAAGCUUCCGCUUCACAUUUAGAUCUUGAAAGCCCUCCCGCUGAAGAUGCAACGGAUCCUUUGUGCCAGUCAUCAGUGGAAUUAACGUCCUUGGAUGCAUGCCCGCUUAGCGCUUCGGAUGACUUCCUCCAAAAGGAGGGAAGUGCUCCUUCUGGUUCAGAUGAGGAAAGGCCUCUUCUUGAAACGGAAGCUGAAGCCACCAGUGACCUAUCAGGGAAGGAGCAAUGUGAAGAAGACGUUCAGCUGUCGGGCGAUGGGAGCUCCGAGGUGAAGUUGCAUUGCCAGGUUCCGCAGUGUGCUCCCGAUCUCGAAGAAAUGGGUGAAACCAUCCAUCUUAAUGAUCCAGAAGCUAAUGAGUCAAUGCCUGGGAAGGCAGGCUCCUCCCUCCCUCCGCUUCCUCCAGAAACUGAGGAAGUGCUCGGCGAGACUUCUGAUUCUUGCCCACAGCCUACAGAUAACCAGACUGGAGCGGCAGCCUUUAUGCAGAUUUUGGACCGCUUGCAAAAACGGCAAAUGAACACUGCCCUUUGCGAAAAGAUCAGGAAGGUCUAUGGAGAUUUGGAGUGUGAAUAUUGCGGCAAGCUAUUUUGGUACCAGGUCCAUUACGACAUGCAUGUCCGUACGCAUACACGAGAACACCUCUACUAUUGCUCUCAGUGCAGCUACUCCUCCAUCACCAAAAAUUGUCUGAAGCGGCAUGUCGUCCAGAAGCAUAGCAACAUUUUGUUGAAAUGUCCCACCGAAGACUGUGAUUAUUCCACUCCAGAUAAAUACAAACUCCAGGCUCAUCUGAAAGUGCACACAGAGCUGGACAAAAGGAGCUAUUCCUGCCCUGUGUGUAAGAAAUCAUUUUCUGAAGACCGACUUAUAAAAUCACACAUAAAGACAAACCAUCCAGAAGUUUCGAUGAACACCAUCUCUGAGAUUGUUGGCAGGAGGGUUCAGCUGAAAGGGCUGAUUGGAAAGCGAGCUGUGAAAUGCCCCUAUUGCAAUUUUUAUUUCAUGAAGAAUGGAUCAGACCUGCAGCGUCACAUUUGGGCCCAUGAAGGCAUCAAGCCGUUCAAAUGUUCGGUGUGCGAAUACGCCACGCGCAGCAAAAGCAACCUGAAAGCCCACAUGAACCGCCACAGCACGGAAAAAACCCACUUGUGUGACAUGUGUGGGAAAAAGUUUAAGUCCAAGGGUACCUUGAAGAGCCACAAACUCCUCCACACGGCUGAUGGAAAGCAGUUCAAGUGCACAGUUUGUGAUUAUACUGCUGCCCAAAAGCCACAGCUUUUACGGCACAUGGAGCAACAUGCUUCAUUCAAGCCUUUCCGAUGUGCACACUGCCAUUAUUCCUGCAAUAUAUCUGGUUCUCUGAAAAGACACUAUAACAGGAAACAUCCCAAUGAGGAAUAUGUAAAUGCAGGCUCUGGAGAGCUGGCUGCUGAAGCCCUUCAACAACAAGGUGGCAUCAAAUGCCCAGUGUGCAACUUUGUGUACGGGACAAAAUGGGAAUUCAACAGACACAUCAAAAACAAACAUGGGCUCAAAUUAGUGGAGCAUGAUGGAGAGACAAAAUGGGAGCAAACCAUAGAAAUUUCUGAAGAGAUGCCUACACAGUAUCUCCAGAUCACAGAAGCCGAAGAUAUGCAAGGAACCCAGGCUGCUGUAACUGCUUUGCAGGACCUGCGAUAUACUGCAGAUGAUGGGGGACGACUUGACUCCACAGCGGUGAACAUUCUGCAGCAGAUCAUAGAACUGGGUUCGGAGCCUCACGAUGCCACUGCCGUGGCCUCUGUGGUCGCCAUGGCCCCAGGAACUGUCACUGUGGUAAAGCAGGUAACAGAAGAAGAGCAGUCAGCCAACCAUACCGUGAUGAUUCAAGAAACGCUGCAGGACGCCUCAGUGGAGUUGGAUGAACAGCAUCAUUUGGUGGUCUCCUCAGACAACGUGGAAGGGAUUGGGACUGUGACAGUUUACACUCAGGGGGGAGAAGCGUCUGAGCUUAUAGUUUAUGUGCAAGAAGCCAUGCAACCGGUGGAAGAACAGGUGGAAGUGACAGAACAAGCCACCGAGAAAAUCUAGGCAAAGGUCCCAAAGUAGGUGAGCUUGCGGGUCUUUCCAAAUGGAAAAGCAUUUUGUUUUUCCAUUGUGCAUUUAACGGCAACCCUGAAGGGAAACCCCCUGCAGCUGCUGGCCCAUUGUUUGCUUAGCCUUUCACAGAUGUGCAGGUGAUUUUGGAUUGGGCUGGUGGCCUUUGGCCAGCAGAUAUUUUGGUACCUAUUGAGCCAUGCGUAGCUUUCUUUUCGAAAGCCUUCCUCUCUUUUUUUCCACAUCUGAAACAAAAAAAGAAAGGAAGAGAAAGAGAGAAA